CGAGACGCUUCUGGAAGAACCAUCGCGAUGGCUGCCCAAGGAGAACCCCAAGUCCAGUUCAAACUUGUAUUAGUUGGUGAUGGAGGUACUGGAAAAACCACCUUUGUAAAACGUCACUUGAUGGGUGAAUUUGAGAAGAAGUAUGUAGCCACCUUGGGUGUUGAGGUGCAUCCUCUCGUGUUCCAUACUAACAGAGGGCCUAUUAAAUUCAACGUAUGGGAUACAGCUGGCCAAGAGAAAUUUGGUGGUCUGAGAGAUGGUUAUUACAUCCAAGCUCAGUGUGCCAUUAUAAUGUUUGAUGUUACAUCAAGAAUUACUUACAAGAAUGUACCUAACUGGCAUAGAGAUCUGGUACGAGUAUGUGAAAAUAUCCCGAUAGUGUUAUGUGGCAACAAAGUGGAUAUUAAGGACAGAAAAGUCAAGGCGAAAUCAAUGGUCUUCCAUAGGAAGAAGAAUCUCCAGUACUAUGACAUUUCAGCCAAAAGUAACUACAACUUUGAGAAGCCCUUCCUUUGGCUUGCUAGAAAACUUAUUGGAGACCUUAAUUUGGAUUUUGUUGCCAUGCCUGCUCUUGCUCCUCCAGAAGUUGUCAUGGACCCAGCACUGGCAGCACGGUAUGAGCAGGAUUUACAGAUCGCUCAGACAACUGUGCUCCCUGAUGAAGAUGAUGACCGCUAAGGGAUUGAAGCUAGAGCCCAGCGUCAGAGGUCUAGUUUUAUAGGCAACUGUCCUGUGAUGUCAGUGGUGUAGCGUGUUUGCCACUUUAUUAUAUAGCUGAGCAGAACAUGUGCUUAAUCUUUGGGAUGCUGAAGGAGAUGAAUGGGCUUCGGAGUGAAUGUGGCAGUUUAAAAAAUAUGAUUCAUAUUUUGGACCUG